AUGGCUCCUCCCGCAUCUGGCUUCUCCGAAAUCCAAAGACCACAGCCAGGCAGAGAUUCCCUCGAGCUGGCAUCCCUCGCAGACUCUGAGCAAGACGACUUGCCUAGCCCUGGACCGUCCUCACCAUCGGGCAUCUCUUCCUCCCGACGCCUGUCCCUCGAGAACCAGGAUCCCCUCGACAGUGCGAACCCAGCUUCGGAGCGGAGGGGGCUGCAUGGACGAUCCUACUCUGUCUCCUCGGCCUUCGACUUCACCCCUGCACUGUUUCCACUGUCGUCCACUGCAGGAGGAGGCUACACUGCACUAGGCAAUCCCUCGGCAGUGUCCCUUUCUCUUGAGCGACGGGGCAAUCUUCAGAACCUGGAAAAGAACAAAACCUUGACAUACCUGAAUGGUCUAUCGCUGGUGGUCGGCUUGAUAAUCGGGUCCGGAAUCUUCUCGUCGCCGGCGCAGGUCAAUUCACAUGUCGGGUCCCCGGGUGCGGCUUUGGUGGUAUGGGCGAUCUCGGGCAUGCUUGCCUGGACCGGCGCAGCCUCAUAUGCAGAACUUGGAGGCGCAAUACCACUGAACGGGGGCGCGCAAGUCUACCUUGCCAAGAUCUUUGGUGAAGUCGUUGGAUUUCUCUUCACCUGGAGCGCCAUCCUAGUAUUGAAACCCGGUGGUGCAGCCAUUAUCGCCAUCAUUUUUGGCGAAUACAUUGUCCGUGCAGCAAUUGGUGCCGAAGUCGAAGAUGUCAACCCAUGGAUCAACAAGAUCCCCGCAUUGGUCGCCGUCAUGCUGGUCACCGUGUUCAACUGUGUCUCGACCCGCUUUGCGGCGCGCCUGGGCGAUCUCUUCAUGUUCUUCAAGUUCGUUGCCCUCAUUGCGGUCACGGUCGUCGGCAUCAUCGUGGCCGCCACGGGGUUUUCCUUCAACGGUCCCGCGAAUAGGGAUUGGCGCAAACAGAACUGGUUCGCGGACACGUCGACCGACGUAUCCAGCUGGGCCGUCGCAUUGUAUGCAGGUCUGUGGGCGUUCGACGGAUGGGACAAUACGAACUACGUGACGGGAGAAUUCAAGAACCCCAGUCGGGAUUUACCACGUGUCAUCCACACCGCCAUGCCUGCUGUGAUCGUAUGCUAUAUCCUUGCCAACGUGGCAUACAUUUUCGUCCUGCCGCUGGAAACGAUCAACAAGUCCAACACCGUCGCCGUGCAGUUUGGAAGCAAGGUCUUCGGCCCUAUAGGAGCACUCAUUCUCGCCCUGAUCGUUGGUGCCUCAUGCUUUGGCGCACUCAAUGCCACGACCUUCACCUCCGGCCGCCUCGUCUACGUUGCUGGGCGAGAAGGAUACAUCCCCGCCCUGUUUGGCAGAAUCGGGUUUGGAGGCCAACCGGGGCCAGAGCCGGCUACGCCACUCCACAAGUCACGGAAACGAUCUUGGCUAUCGAAAUCACUGGCAAGGGUAUUCGGCGACGAGUCCAUCGGCAUGGGCUAUACGCCUGUCAACGCCAUGUUGUUGAACAUGCUCCUCACCAUGAUUUACGUUGUGCUCGGCGAGUUCGGGACCCUGAUCACAUUCUACGGCGUGGCGGGGUAUUCGUUCUACUUUUUGACCGUCCUUGGCCUGAUUGUCCUGCGCAUCCGCGAACCACACCUGGAGCGGCCGUACCGGACGUACAUCACCACACCCAUCAUCUUCUGCUGCGUUUCUUUGUUUCUCGUCAGUCGAGCCGUGGUCAACCAGCCGGUGCAGACGGUCAUUGUAAUUGCGUUCGUGGUGUCUGGAGUGCCAGUAUACUACUGGCGGGUCGCUAAGAAGGAUGAGCUCAGCAUACCAAGGGGUCAGAGGGGGAGGGCAGGACGCUUCUGGCGGAGAUGGGGUCGGUCGUAG